CGAAAUUCGUAGUAAGUUCGUCGUAAAAUCAGUUUUAUGAGGAACUAGCGAGGAAACACGUUUCGUCGUUAUUUGUUCGUCGUAACGCAUAUUUCCUCGCUAAUUCGUCGUAAACUAACGAAAAAACAUUUCCUCGUAAAGACGAAGCAAAGUAUUCAUCGUAAAAACCACGUAACCCUUCCACGUAAGGGGGACGCUACAUUUCCUCGUAAAUACCUUGAAAACAUUUCCUCGUAAAUAACACGUAAAUGUUUCCACGUCAAAUACUCGUUAAUCUUUCCUCGUAGUGUUGACGUAAAUAUUUUACUCGUUAAUUCCUCGUAAAAUUUCCACGUAAGGUUGUCGUAAUUUAGCUACGAAUUUACUUUGAGUUUAUAUUUUCCAGAUUAAAAAAAAAACAAUGUAUUUAAUUAUUUAAUAAAAAUCUAAUUUAAAAAGAAUAUUAAAUACGAAAAUAAUUUAUACAUAAAUAAUUUUUGAAUUUAUAAUACAACCAACGAAAAAAAAAACUAAGGGUCGUUCAUCCCCGGUAGAAUUCCUCACUCCUCCUCUCUACAUCCGCGUCGGCAUGUGUGACGGAUGAUGAUUCACCUAAAAUUAACAUCAACAAUAGUUAACAAAUUCUAUAAAUCUAACUAAGUUCUCUACAUUAACCACCUAAUCAACACUAAUUAACAUAAAAUCCGUAAAACUAUCUAAAUUUCCUACACUAACCACCUAAUCUACCUAAACUAAUCAAAUUAGAGAGAAAAUAGAGAGCGUACCAUAGCUACAAAAGGGAGAGGAAGUUGAGACGAAAUGGGAAGUGAGAACUCGCGUGUAUAUAUAGGAAAUUAUGAAAUGUCGUAAAUUCCUCGUAAAGUUACGAGGAACUCGUGAGGCCCGUGUUUUUAUUUACGAGGAACUCGCGAGGCCCGUGUUUCGUUUCCUCGUAACAUCGUCGUUAAUUUACGAGGAAUUAGCGAGGCCCGCUUUUAUUUUUACGAGGAAUGAACGAGGCCCGCGUUUUUUUAUUACGAGGUCUUUACGACGAUUUCUGCUUACGUGGAAUUAACGAGUGCCACGUUCUUUAUUUUUAAGAAUCGUCGUAAGUUCCUCGUUAAUUUACGAGGAAAUAACUACGUUUAUGUUUAAAUCCCUAAAAUCCGAAACCCCAAACCCCUUCUUCCUUAUCUUCUACUUCAUAUAUUCCAAACCCCAACCCCAUCCUCCCUUUAACCUCAAUCUCUUCUAUCCAUUCCAAACCCCAAAUUCUGAAACCACAAUUCCUUAACUAAUAAUCUCAAUCUCUUCUUUUUAAUUCAAACCCCAUUACAAAAAUUAAAUUAUAUAAAUAGAUUUCUAUGAUUAAAUCCAUCAAAUCACAUGCAUUAAAUCUGAAAAUCAAUCAUAUUAAAACACAAAUACAUCAAUCAGAUACAUCGACAUUCUUGUCAUUACUAGAAACAUCAUCAUUUUCAUUAAACUCGUCUUCAACAGCUUCGUCCGUGGCAUCGUCGGUAAUAUCUUCGUACUCAUGAUUAUGCAGAUCAAUGAGAAGGAUGUCAUCAAUUUGUUGUUCAGGUACCUCAACUUCAUCUAUCUGUUCUUCUUGCAAUGGUGGUUCUUCUCCACUGAUGAUUUGUCCACGAGGUGUAACUUUGAUCACGGCAAACCAAUUUAUUCCCGUUUCGUUUCUUCGUUACAUCGUCGUUAAUUUACGAGGAAUUAGCGAGGCCCGCUUUUAUUUUUACGAGGAAUGAACGAGGCCAGCGUUUUUUUAUUAUGAGGUCUUUACGACGAUUUCUGCUUACGUGGAAUUAACGAGUGCCGCGUUCUUUAUUUUUAAGAAUCGUCGUAAGUUCCUCGUUAAUUUACGAGGAAAUAACUAUGUUUACGUUUAAAUCCCUAAAAUCCGAAACCCCAAACCCCAACCCCAACCCCAUCCUCCCUUUAACCUCAAUCUCUUCUAUCCAUUCUAAACCCCAAAUUCUAAAACCACAAUUCCUUAACUAAUAAUCUCAAUCUCUUCUUUCUAAUUCAAACCCCAUUACAUAAAAUUAAAUUAUAUAAAUAGAUUUUCAUGAUUAAAUCCAUCAAAUCACAUGGAUUAAGUCUGAAAAUCAGUCAUAUUAAAACACAAAUACAUCAGUCAGAUACAUCGACAUUUUCGUCAUCACCAGAAACAUCAUCAUUUUCAUUACUCGUGAUUAUGUGGAAUUUAGUAAGGUAGCCGAAACAAAAAACGUGUUACAAUUACAAAGUGGGUGGACUCGAAAAUUCUUCGUUAAGUAAAUGUAAACUAUUUCCUCGUAAAGAAGAUGCUACUUUUACGUCGAGCUUACGAGGAAACAGUUUUUCCUCGUAAAAACGAAGUUACCUUGCGUGGUUUUUACGAGGAAAUCGUUUCCUCGUUAUUUUACGACGAACUAACGUUGAUUGUAAAUUUCCUUGUAAGAUUCUCGUAAAGUCAACGUAAAUUUACGAGGACCAGUUUUCCUCGUUAAUUUUCAUCGUUAAUCUUGUGUUUUCUUGUAGUGCGAAGUUUAAGCAGUUAGUUAAAUUCAAGAGUGAUCAAACCGAAACUAAACCAAACAUAUUUUUGUUAUUUUAUUUAUGUCUAGUUUGCAUGUUUACUAGAAAAUCUUAAAAGAACUCAUCAGAUUACGUGUUUACAUAUCAUUUUUAGUAAUUUUAUUCAAUUUUUAAUACUGUUCAAAUCCCCAACUACAUCAUCGUAUAAUUUCUAUUUUUAUUAUAUAAUGAUUAGUAAUAUAUGUAAAAUUAAUGAAUAAUUUCACGAACAAUGAUUUUAUAAUAUAGUUUUUCAUAAUACUCGGAUUGACAAACGAUUUUACAUAUAUAACACUUUUAUGGAUGUGUUUUUUUUUGCAGAAAACGGCUGCAACGAAAGGUUAUACCUUCAACACUCUAGGGGUAUGAACGGUGACCGCUAAAAAGGAAUGGAAUGAGAGGGAACACUUCAUUCCUAUUCAUUCCUUUUUUUUUUCACCAUUCACAAGUAACUUUUGAUAUAUAAGGAACACAUACAAUUCCUCUUCAUUCCUCUUUAUUUGGGGAAUAAUAGAAGAAAAAUAUUCCCUAUCAAUAUAGGUAAGGAACAAAAUGGAAAAUAAAAAAAAUGGUAAAACUCUAUUAACGUGAGUUGAACUAUACAGAAAAAUUAACAUUUUUUUUUACUCUUUUCACGUUUUGUUUCCACUAUAUAUGUGAGAAUUAUUCUACUCAAUAACCUAAUACAAUCAACUAAAGUUCUACAGCAAGAGAUAUCAUGUCAAGUUCAAGAAACACUAGCGGAUCACAACGUCGUGGACGUCAAUCCAGUGGUGAGGCAAGAACCACGACUGAUGGCGGAACAACUCGUGAAGGACAGUAUCUGUGGAAGGAUAAGAAUUGUGAAGUUAUGCUUGAACUCGUCAUUGCGGAGCUAAAAGCCGAUGACUACCGUAGUAGAAUGCCAGAUGUGGCAGCUAGAAAAAGAAUUGAAAAAAAAUACUUCGAGCUGAUAGGUGAAAAGAUCUCUUGGGAUCCAGAGAUAACUAGCAAAAUUGGUUACUUGUGUAAACUUUGGAAUAUUCACAGUCAAUUGGUAAAACGCACCGGUGUUUCUGUUGAUCCAUCUUCUGGACAAAUAGAUAUGGUGGAAACUUGGUGGAGUGAUCGGAUUGCGGAAUAUGGAGGAACUAAAGGAAGACUAGUUCAUGUUUUGCAAAAGAAGCCUUUGCCAUUUAAAGAUUUGUUGGAUCAAAUUUUUGGUGAACAUGAUGUUGAUCAAGAUGAACGUUAUUCACCACAUAUGCUUGGCCUACAACUCCAGCAAGUUCAAACUACUUUAGAUGUUGCUGGCAUAACAAUGGUGGACCAACUGCAAGAAACUCAAACUGCUGAACCAAUAGUGGAUCUUACUAGUGAUCAAGGAUGCAACCGAUCAAUCCGAAGCAUGUCGUCACGUCGUUGGAAUGGCGGGAUCAACACAUGACUCUAGAGUGCUGGACACCGCUAUGCGAGAGGAUCCAAUGUUUCCUCAUCCUCCAGAAGGAAAAUAUUAUCUUGUAGAUUCUGGUUAUGCAAAUAGGCGUGGUUAUCUAGCUCCAUAUCGAUACGUGAAAUGAAACAAAUAAAAUGAAACAAAUGUUUGUUGUGCAGGUGAAAGAUACGUGUGAAGGAAGAGACACCAAAAUCUAUGGACAAGAAAGUUUAUUUAUAUUUAAAAUGUUUUUAAACAAUAGUUUUUAAAUUACUUUAAUUAAAAAUAUUCAUUCCUUUUA